AUGAUUAGCCGUAACUUCAAGAAUAUACUGGUGGUCUCUGUCGGGUUUCUGUCUCUGUUCACGGCUUAUGGAGGGCUGCAGAGUUUACAGAGCAGCCUCAAUGCAGAGCAGGGGAUGGGCGUGGCGUCUCUGAGCGUUAUCUACGCCUCCAUCAUCGUCUCCUCUAUGUUCCUGCCCCCAAUCAUGAUCAAAAACCUGGGCUGUAAAUGGACCAUUGUUGUGGGCAUGGCCUGCUACGUCUCCUACUCCUUUGGAAACCUCUAUCCUGGAUGGUACACCCUCAUUCCCACCUCAGUGAUCCUGGGUUUGGGCGGCUCUCCUCUGUGGUCGGCUAAGUGCACCUACCUGACCAUCUCCGGCAACAUCCAGGCUGCUAAAGAAGGCAAGAAAGGAUCUGAUGUCAUCAACCAGUACUUUGGCAUCUUCUUUUUCAUCUUCCAGUCGUCAGCUGUGUGGGGAAACCUCAUGUCGUCACUCAUCUUUGGACAGGACAUCAACAUAGCUAUAAUCCCGGACGAGCAGCUAGAGUCCUGCGGAGCGGCUGAUUGCGGCCUCAAUAUCAGCAUCAACGGCACGACCAGCAAACCUGCUCAGAAACUGGUGUGGACACUUGUCGGAUGUUACAUUGGCGUGGGUGUGCUGGCUAUGCUGAUUGUGGCCAUUUUUCUGGACAACAUUGAUCGGGAGCAGUCCAGUGAGUUUCGGGAGAACAGGGAGCCGUUCUGCCACACUUUCCUGGCCACGUUCAGACUGCUGAAGGACUGGAGGCUGGUGACCCUCAUCCCUCUCACCAUGUACAGCGGCUUCGAACAGAGCUUCCUCUCUGGGGAAUACACCAAGAACUAUGUGACGUGUGCUCUGGGGAUCCAUUUUGUUGGUUAUGUGAUGAUGUGUUUUGGAGCCGCUAACUCUCUUUGCUCCUUUCUCUUUGGACGUCUUGCUCGGUACACUGGGAGAGCCGCACUCUUCUUCUUUGCUGCGCUGACCAACUUCGCCUGUAUCAUUGCUCUCUUAUACUGGAGGCCUCAUCCUGAUGAUCUGCCCGUCUUUUUCGUUUUUCCUGCUCUGUGGGGUAUGGCAGAUGCGAUCUGGCAAACUCAGACCAACGCUCUUUAUGGCAUCCUCUUCCCCCGGGAAAAAGAGGCAGCGUUUGCAAACUACCGAAUGUGGGAGUCACUCGGUUUCGUCAUCGCCUUCGCCUACAGCACUUUCUUGUGCCUGGAGUAUAAACUGUACAUCCUACUGGCUGUUCUGGUGCUGACUGUCGUUACUUACCCCAUAGUGGAGUUCUACGAACACAAGAAUCCCACACCACCCAUUGAGGAGGGAACCUACCAGUCUCACCAGGCAAAAAUUGAAACAGAUGAGCACAAGAUAAUUUACGAGACAUCAAUGUAGAGACUG